AUGUCUUUAGUUGGUACAGAUUUUAAAUUAUCAAACGGAAAUACCAUCCCUGCAAUUGGGUACGGUGUUGGUACCAAAUGGUUCAAAUUCGGUCGUGAUGAAGUUGAUACCAAUGUUAUCAAUGCUUUAGAAACGGCUAUCAAAUUAGGAUUUGCACACAUUGAUGGUGCUGAAAUUUACAACACCAAUGAAGAAAUUGGUGCUGCUUUGGUUAAUUCGGGGGUCAAGAGAGAAAACAUCUUCAUUACUGACAAGUACUUUGCUGGUGAUGCUAGUUUUUCUAAUAGAUCACCACAUUCUAAUCCAUAUGAAGCAUUAAAGGCUGACUUAAAGCAAUUGAAGUUAGACUAUGUUGAUUUGUACUUGCUUCACAGUUCCUAUAUCAAAAAGGAAACCCAUGGAUUCAGCUUAACUGAAGCUUGGGGAUAUUUGGAAAAGUUGAAGGAUGAAGGUUUAGCUAAAAAUAUCGGUGUUUCCAAUUUCACUGUUGAAGAUUUAAAGACUGUUUUGGAUUCCAAGCCAAAGUACAAACCUGAAGUUAAUCAAAUUGAAUUUAGUGCUUAUUUGCAAGACCAAACUCCAGGAAUUGUUCAAUACUCUCAAGAAAAUGGUAUUUUGGUUGAAGCCUAUGGUCCUUUAGGUCCAAUCACCAAGGGUCAAGGGGGUCCAUUGGAUCCGGUUUUAGCAAAAUUAUCCAAGAAAUACGGAAAGACUGAAGGUCAAAUUUUAUUAAGAUGGGUUAUUCAAAAAGGUGUUUUACCAUUAACUACAUCCAGUAAGGAAGACCGUAUUAAGUCAUUUGUUGAUAUUUUCAGCUUUGAAUUAACUCCUGAAGAAGUUGACGAGAUUACAACUGUCGGAAAGCAAAAAACUGUUAGACAGUUUGCUAAAGAAUUCUCUAAAUAUGAUUAG